UAGACGUCGCAAAACGCGGAAGUGCUUCUUGUUUUUGGCUGUCUCCAUGGAUUGAGCUCAAAAUAACAAUAAUAUAAGGUCAUAGGCAUCACGGAGGGAGCGAUCUCUUCUGACACGGCAUGACAAUGUUCGGGAAGUCUUCAGGUUAUGAGUAUCAGUGUCUGUCGCAGAGAGAUUCAGUGUACAGUGACACUCCUGGACUGUUUUCAUCUCAUGCUGCAUUCGCUCACAGUAAUUGUGAUCAGAGAGGACUUUCGUUUGAUUAUGUGCCUAAAGUCUCUCAAAACGACUUCACAGAUAAAUCUCAGGGAUUGUUGUCCUGGAUUUGCAACUUGAUCGUAACAUUCCUGGUUUUCCUAGUUACCUUCAUAACUUUUCCCAUAUCUGGAUGGUUUGUCCUAAAGGUUGUACCGAACUAUGAGAGGAUUGUUGUUUUUCGUCUGGGCCGGAUCCGUCCUCCUAAAGGUCCAGGAGUGGUUCUGGUUCUGCCUUUCAUUGAUCAGUGGCAGAGAGUUGACCUGCGGACCAGAGCCUUCAGCGUCCCACCAUGCAAGAUCACCACCAAAGACAGUGCUCUGGUGUCGGUUGGAGCGGAUAUCCAGUUCCGGAUCUGGAGUCCGGUGAUGUCCGUGGUGGCGCUGCAGGAUCUGAACGCCUCCACCCGCCUCACCGCACAGAACGCCAUGAUGCAGACCCUGAGCAAAAAAACCCUGAGAGAGAUACAGACCGAGAGGAUCAAACUCGGUGAACAUCUCGGGAUGGACAUGAAUGAGAUGACGAAGCCGUGGGGGCUGGAGGUGGACCGUGUGGAGCUGAUUCUGGAGGGGGUGCUCCGGGAACCGGACGGGGGACACGCGGGGCCCAUCAUUAUGCCCCCGUCUGUCCCUGGGCUGGAAGGACUCACCGGACCCAUACAGCAGCUCGCAAUGCACUUCCUGAGCCAGACGGCUGCGUCCCAAUCCAGUCAAGAUUCAGUGAGUUUCACAGAUGAGCUGCGUUCAGCUGCAGCUGUGAGUGUCAGUCGUGUGGAUGGACUGAUGGAUGCGGUCCGGUCUGUGCUGUCAGAGCAGCUGGUUCAUCAGGUGCGAGCCUGUUACCGCUUUCAGAUCACUACUGACUCUGGACAGAACAACUGCUACUAUGUGGACCUGACACAAGGUGCUGGAGCGUGUGGAGUGGGUGUCUCGCCGCGGGAGCCGGAUGUUUCUCUGUGCAUGAGCGAGCAGGAUCUGUUGGCCAUGUUUGAGGGCGGCCUGCGACCGUUCGCAGCCUACAGCAGCGGCAGACUGAGAGUUCAGGGAGAUCUGAACACCGCCAUGAAGCUGGAGACACUCAUCAAACUCCUCAAGACCACAUGAUGUCAUUUAUUAUAACGCUUUCGUUUGCAGUGGUUUCAUUUCAAUUUAAUCAAAGGACUUUGUAAAAUAUUGUAGGUGUACACUGUGAAUGUUUAAUACAGGACUUAAAUACAUGAAUUAUGUUAUUGUGAAUGGAUAGAAUUUAAUUUGCUGCUGUGUCAGUGUUGUUUACUUGUAUUAUUGUGGAGUGUCGUGACCCAAGCAUUUCGAUUCAUGCAUGUACACAAUAGAUUGUUUUUUCAAAAUCUGUUUAUGACUGGCUUGUCUUGACAUUACAGAAAUAUGUUUUUCUAAUAAAUGUAUAUUUUAAUACAGUGAG